UCGCGCAUGCGCAGUGUCAGAAGAAGUCUUGCGCUCCCAGCAGAGCAGGAUGGCCGCUCUCGUAGGGAUGCUCCAUUUAAAGACUCCAUAGACAGCGAGCCCUCCACCUCAUUCAAGGUCGAAAUGGGAAAAGGCUGUAAGGUGGUGGUGUGUGGUCAGGCAGCAGUUGGAAAAACUGCCAUACUGGAACAGCUGCUGUACGGAAACCACACUGUAGGCUCCGAGUCCAACGAGACCCAGGAGGAUGUGUACGUGGCCUCAGUGGAAACUGACCGCGGCGUGAAGGAACAGCUGCGGCUCUAUGACACCAAAGGCCUCCACGACGGACAAGACCUCCCCAAACACUACUACUCAGUGGCAGACGGCUUCGUGCUCGUCUACAGCGUGGACAGCUUGGAGUCCUUCAAGAAGGUGGACAUUCUGAAGAAGGAAAUAGACAAGUCCAGAGAUAAGAAAGAGGUGUGGCCAGGUCAAAGUGACAGUCAUAGUGCUGGGGAACAAGACAGACCUGCGGGAGCGUCGCCAGGUGGACCAGGAGGUGGCGCAGCAGUGGGCGCGAGGCGAGAAGGUGAAGCUGUGGGAGGUGAGCGUCGCCGAACGCAACUCCCUCAUCGAACCCUUCACCCAGCUGACCAGCCGCCUCACGCAGCCACAGAGCAAGUCUGCCUUCCCUCUGCCGGGGCGCAAAAGCAAAGGCACCCCGUCCAACGACAUGUGACUCUCUGAAGACCCCCUCACUCCUCUCCGCUCCUGUUAGCAGGCUGCAUUCACCUCAUAUGGGAACACCCAGCGGGACCACGCGGACAGGCCUUUAGCAACAUGACUUUGGUGGCUUGUGUGUAAAUUAGACCUUUUUACAUACAGUUCUGUACAGUGGUUACAUUGCUUAAGGUAGUUCAACUUCAUUAUUUUGGGAAAUAUUUAGUUUUCUGUCUCUUUCUGUGAGUGAGAUGAGGAGACUGAUGUUAAUCUGGUAUGCUAAGAAUAGAGCUGGGUCAGAAUGUGGUUAGCAUAGCAUAAAUACUGGACGCUUCCCAGAGCCUUGUUGUCACAGUGAGGUUGCCAGAUUUGGUUUACAGCCACCACAACAGAAAACCAGUACUAUAGCUCCACUGGAGUGCUGGCUGAUGGGUAAACUGUUUGUCAUUUUCACAUGUCUGUUUUUGUUCAGGUUAAACAAAUCAGAUGUGUGUUAAUCAGCCAGCUUUAAAGGUGUUGUCAUUCAAGUGUUUUUUUGAAGUUUUGACCGAGCCAGGCUGGUGGUCUCUUGUCUCCAGUCUUUAUGCUAAGCUAGGCUAACCACAUCCUGACUCCAGCUCUGUGCUCAACACACGGACAUGUUUGAUAUUCUCAUCUCACCAACAGCAAACCAAAUCCACAUCUGUAACAUCUCAAGCCUUUUUUCUUCGUAAAACCAUCUCAGCAUGGGCAAGCACUUUAGUACCAAAGAGUUCAGACGACCCAAACACACAUCUCGUGGAUUUACACUUCUGAAUUGCGAUUGUGAAAUAACGUGUUAUGUUUACUGUCCUUUUCAACUGAAACGUAUAUAUCAUUCCAAGUUAAACCAUACAUUCAAUUUUUUUUAACUAUCUUACUACUCACAUUCCCAUAUAAAGAGUUAUUGGUUGCUGUAAUCAUUCCUCCUCUGUCCCAAGAGGGCCCAGCCUACAGCUAAAGUCAGACUAUUGAAGGACUGGAUUUUGACCCCCAUUUCUUCCAUUGGAUUUCCACAAGGGAUCUCUUCAUGACCAGUAUGUAACUCUUUCAGCAAACAUACAGGCUCGUGGAACAGUUCUGUAAGCUCUGUAGGACAGUGUUUUCAAACAGGAAUCUUCUACCUAUGUUAUUUCCCAUCUGAUGUGAAUGCAGCAUGAAUCCCUGUCCUCUGGCGGGACUCAGCUAGCCUUCGUCCAGUCCAUCUCGUAUAUUAAAUAUGGCCUGGCAGCAAUAAUAAUAAUAUUCAUGGUACUGCCUUUACCCCUGGUGUAAGAUUCCAUAAUGUCUGUCUGCCGUUAGUUGCACUCGUGUCGUCCAGCCUGUAUAAUCAGAUAGGGCUACUAGUUAAAACUGUGUAAGGCUUUCUAACAGUAGAAAUGUCCGUGUUGAGAGGAAAUAUUUAUUUUUUAACUAAUUUAUUUUUGUCACUUUAAUGAGCCACAUUCCUUGACUUUUGAAAAUGGUAAAACAAUGUGAAGGAUGAUUGCGCUGUUUUCUGUCCUUAAUGUUUCAAAGUAAUAACAGUUAAUGUGCUGCUAGUAGAACGGAGUUAGUGAGACUCAACACUUGCACUCUGUAUUCAUGCUAACCCUAAAUUAUUCUCUGCUCUGUAACUCUGCACUGAAUAAAAUGUAGCCUCUUCA